AUGACUGGGCCCUUGAAGAGACCAAUGAUGGAAAAGAGUCCUCAAAUUCUCAAUCGCCGACGUCAAAAACGGUCCUGGGUGACCAUUUUCGGGUCGGUAGCAGGCGUGGCAAUCCUGGGCCUGACCGGGUUCCGUGGGUUGCCUACCCCAGCGCAACACUGGGUCUCUCAUUCUGGAUGUAAAUCUCAGGAUUCACCUUAUGGAUCAUUCCCGCAAGAGAACGACCCCUUUCAUUUCCUGCCCUGUACUGAUGCGAGUCGUCCGCCGCCACUCGACGAUCCAACCCCUCAGCAAACAUGGGCAGCUCUUUUCGACCCCAAUCCCAGCCAUUGGAGCUGGGGGAGCAACAGCCGGGGCAUCUACUUGUGUGGAUACUUGGAUCUCCCACUCGACUAUCAUAACGCUUCGGAUACUCGGAUAGUCCGCAUUGCAGUGACCAAAUUCCAGGUCGCCGGCCUCCCUCUGAAGAACGAUUCUGAUAUCACCCCGACCAGCUACAAGAGUAAACGAACUCUCAUCAUCGAGCCGGGAGGCCCCGGUGGUAGUGGAACGUCUUAUCUAUGGGACACCGCAGAGGAAAUGACCAAACGCUUCAGCGAUGGACAACUCGAUGCCCUCGGCUGGGAUCCACGCGGUGUCAACGUCUCCCUUCCCUCGGCAGCAUGUUACCCUCAAGAUGCACACCGGGACCGCUGGUCACUCCUUGCACUCCGUUAUCGCGAGGAAGCUCCACGGGCACAACUGGAGAUGAUGGACGCUAUGAACAACGCUACGUUCUUUGCCUGCCAGCAACGACUGGGGGAUUUUGGUCGUUUCGUCAGCACGGCAGUUGUGGCUCGUGAUCUCGAUGAGAUUCGGAAAGCUCUUGGUGAAGAAGAAGUCACCGGGUACUUUGUCAGUUAUGGGACUGGUAUCGGUCAGACGUAUGUCAACAUGUUUCCUGAUCGAGCGGGUCGUUUGAUCCUCGAUGGCACGGAGUAUGUCAGGGAUCAUCGUCUUCUGGGAGGGUUUGGCUGGACCUCUCUUGACAAUGCAACUGAUGCUUGGCAUGAUGGGUUUUUGGGUGAGUGUAUCAAUGCCGGACCGGAGGCGUGUGCAUUGGCACAACCUAUCUCAGGCCAAGACGGACCCGUCACACUAGAACAACUGGAAAAGCGCAUGACCCAACUCCUCUCGUCACUCCAAACUCGCCCCCAAUCCGCAUACACCGAAUCAGGCGGUCCAUCCCUAAUCACUUACUCCGCUCUCGUGGAAAACAUACUCUACCCAGCCAUGUACAGACCCGCCAACUGGCCAAGCAUCGCACAACUCCUCUACGACCUCGAAGCAGGAAACGCAACCCUAGCCGCCAACCAGCUAGACCUAUCAUGGAGCUCCCACUCCUCACACCCCACCUACCCACACACCCCAUCCUCCUCCGAACUCGAACUCCUCGUAAUCUGCUCCGACUCCUACGACGCGCCCAUCCCAGACGGUCUCACCUGGUGGGACGAACUAUGGGCAAACAUGACCGCCCAGAGCUGGAUGGCUGGUAACUCACGGUUCUUCGCGGUUUUCCCUUGUCGACACUAUAAUACCUACUGGGACGCUCCAUCGGAAGUAUAUCGUGGUGAUCUUAAUAAUACGCUUAAGACGCCGGUUCUCUUGAUUGCUUCUCCGUAUGAUCCGGCGACACCGUUGCGCAAUGGGAGGAGGCUUUUGGGUGAGAUGGGUUCGAAUGCGAGGUUGAUUGUUCAUCAUGGGUAUGGGCAUAGUUCUAGGCGGGAUCCGUCGGAUUGUACGGAUCGGGUGGUGAAGGCUUAUAUUAAGGAUGGUGUUCUGCCUCAUGAGCAGGAGACGGACUGCUAUGCUAAUAGGAGGCCUUAUGUUGAUAGCGCGGGGGAUGAGAGUGUUUAA